AUGGAGGAGGACGUUCUGGACAGACUCGAGGACAUGGCGUCGGUGCAGGACUUCGACCCUCUCACGGGCAGCAUCCCUGCCACCAAAGUGGAGAUCACGGUCUCCUGCAGGAAUCUUUUGGAUAAAGAUACAUUCUCCAAGUCUGACCCAUUGUGUGUGCUGUAUACUCAGGGCAUAGAGACCAAACAGUGGAGAGAGUUUGGCAGGACUGAAGUCAUUGACAACACCUUGAACCCCGACUUUGUGCGGAAGUUCAUCCUUGAUUACUUUUUUGAAGAGAAGCAGAAUUUGCGCUUUGAUCUUUAUGAUGUGGAUUCCAAGAGUCCUGACCUAUCCAAACAUGAUUUCCUUGGUCAAACAUUCUGCACUCUGGGGGAGAUUGUCGGAUCACCAGGAAGUCGCUUGGAGAAGCCUUUGAUAAUGGGAGCAUUUACGUUGCAUUCCAAAACUGGGAAGCCUAUGCCAUCUGUCUCCAAUGGAGGAAUUCCAGGGAAAAAAUGUGGCACCAUCAUUCUGUCAGCUGAAGAACUGGGCAACUGUAGGGAUGUAGCCACGAUGCAGUUCUGUGCCAACAAGCUGGACAAGAAGGACUUCUUUGGGAAAUCAGACCCUUUCAUGGUAUUCUUCAGAAGUAAUGAAGAUGGAACAUUUACCAUCUGUCAUAAAACUGAAGUGGUGAAGAACACUCUGAAUCCAGUAUGGCAGUCAUUCGCUAUCCCUGUGCGAGCCUUGUGCAAUGGAGAUUAUGACAGAACCAUAAAAGUAGAAGUGUAUGACUGGGAUCGAGAUGGCAGUCAUGAUUUCAUUGGAGAGUUUACAACCAGCUAUAGAGAACUGGCACGAGGACAAAGCCAGUUUAAUGUCUAUGAGGUGGUAAAUCCCAAAAAGAAAAUGAAGAAAAAGAAAUACUCUAAUUCAGGAACAGUAACAUUGCUGUCAUUUGCCACAGAAUCAGAACAUACGUUUCUAGAUUACAUCAAAGGAGGGACACAGAUCAAUUUCACAGUGGCCAUUGAUUUCACAGCUUCCAAUGGCAAUCCUUCUCAGUCUACCUCCCUUCAUUACAUGAAUCCAUACCAGCUCAAUGCAUACGCCAUGGCACUGAAGGCUGUUGGGGAGAUCAUCCAGGACUAUGACAGUGAUAAAAUGUUCCCAGCGCUUGGGUUUGGAGCCAAGAUUCCCCCCGACGGGCGUGUGUCUCAUGAGUUCCCUUUGAAUGGCAACGGUGAUAAUCCUCACUGUAGUGGAAUAGAAGGAAUCCUUGAAGCCUAUCACCAGAGUCUCAAGACUGUGCAGCUCUAUGGCCCAACUAACUUUGCACCAGUGGUUAACCACGUCGCUGGAUAUGCCUCAGCUGUGCAGGAUGGCUCCCAGUAUUUCAUUUUACUUAUCAUCACGGAUGGUGUGAUAUCAGACAUGGCUCAGACAAAAGAAGCAAUUGUCAAUGCUGCCAGAUUUCCAAUGUCUAUAAUAAUUGUGGGUGUUGGACAGGCUGAAUUCGAUGCAAUGGUGGAAUUAGAUGGAGAUGAUGUUCGGAUCACAUCUCGUGGAAGGACUGCUGAACGUGACAUUGUCCAGUUUGUACCAUUCCGUGAUUACAUUGACCGCACAGGAAACCACGUCUUGAGUAUGGCACGGCUGGCUAAGGAUGUGCUGGCUGAGAUUCCAGAUCAGUUCAUCUCCUACAUGAAGGGGCGUGGCAUCAAGCCUAAUCCAGCUCCACCUCCUUACUCCCCCUCAAGCCACACCCUUCAAACCGAAAUCUGA